GUGACCUUAUAAUGUCACAAUACCAAUACUCGCCAUGUUCGACGCCAACCUCCAUACGGCUCCUCGCCGUUUCAGGCACUCAAGAUAGUCCAUCGUACGCAAUAGAGGAGGUAGACCUCGCGGACAGCCCGCGUUUUGAAGCGCUCUCAUACACAUGGACCGACUAUGACAAUGAGGAACCCAAACCAUCACAUGGAGAUUUGAACCCUUAUGGGUCAAUUCCCAUAUCUGGUGCCGGGUCUCUCAGAAUCACGCUGCAUCUCGCGGGCAUCUUGCAACACAUCCACGGACUAUUGGUACAACCCGAAUCCAGCGGCAAAAUUUGGAUUGAUCAAAUUGCAGUGAACCAGCACGAUCUGGAUGAGCGAGGCCACCAGGUCUCUCUCAUGCAACGCAUCUAUGGGCAGGCGGAGCGCACACUCAUGUGGAUUGGCAUGUCCAUUGAGCAUACGCCUGUGCUACUUAAUUUGACCAAAGAGCUGGGCGAUCUACCGCCGCUUGACAUCUUCUGGACUGAGGCGAUGCACAAGGACUUGGAAAGCAGGUUGCUGGCUGUCUUAUUUCGAGAGAACGAGGCAGGCUAUGGAAUAGCACAAUACGUCCAAGCACUGAAUUGGGUCCUUGGUCGCCCGUACUUUAAACGUGCUUGGAUCGUCCAAGAGGUCGUGCUGUCUACUCGGCCCACUAUGAUACUUGGAACUACCCCAUCUGAUGUUUCCAUACUUUAUCGUAUCAUGGUCGUCAUCAGUUAUUCCUCAAAGCCGGCUCUGCAAGAUAUUCAUUCGCUCAUUCCAGAUCAGAUCGCAGUUGACCGCUUGCUAAGCAUGGACACGGCACGUAGUUGGCUACGAGGCGAUCCCACGCGAAGCACCUUGUACAGCGAUUUCCUGGACGUGCUGUUCUGGCUCUCAUCAUCACGUGAGGCCAGCGACCCAAGGGAUGCCAUUAAUGCCUUCUUAGCUUUUCAAAAGAAUGAUUCUGGGUUAGACUUAGUUGCGGACUACAGAUUAUCUAAUGGACAAGCAUACCGGAAGUUUUGUUUAGACAUGGCGCAAAGGACUGGCUCACUUGCAUUCCUGGGGCUUGUCCGCGGCAGCGCAGACCCGGAGAUACCUUCUUGGACCAUAGACUGGCGAGUGGACGUCUCUUCUGCAGGAGACAGAUGGCAGGGUUACAGGAUAGGCGACACUCCACAUUACCCGUACGCCGCUGCGAAGGGACGAUCAUGCCAAGCGAACGAAAUAAAACGAGAAGGCGACAUGCGUUUCGUCGCUCGAGGCCGAAUCAUUGACACGGUCCAAUCCAUCUCACAUAUCACUCGUGAAGAGAUCGCAACCUUUGGAGUAGAAAACGUACGUCUGGCCGAAGAAAUGGCUAACCUCAGAUCCACCAUGCCUACAGUGGAUAUCGGUACACCUGCCAAGGCAGGUAUUACCAAAGAACGCGUCUUCCUCACGCUCUUGGGCCAUGAUCUCGGUCCACAACCCCGUGUGGAGCCACUACAAUAUACCACAGCGGAGUUGAUCUCAAUGUACGAACGCUUCAUUGACACGAAAACACCCGAACCUGUUAGUGAAGCAGUUCACAAAGAGAAGUUCCCUCAAAUGAAUUUAAGGCUCAUCCACAAACGACUCUUUCUCGGCCAUAAGCACUUGUUUGGGCUUGGGCCAAAAGCCAUUCAACCAGGCGAUUGCAUAUGCAUCAUCCACGGGUCUACAGUCCCUCUACUACUGCGACAGUGUGAGAACGGAAAAGAGUAUACUGUGGUAGGGCAAUGUUACUACGAAAGCUGGAUGUAUGGCGAAAAAGUCGAUUGGGAGGAGGACGAAGCUGAUGAGUUUGUACUGAUAUGAGUAAACUUAGUGCUUGGCCGAAUCACUACUGGUUUCAAGCGAUGAUCAUCGAGCGAACAGCAUAUCCAUGCUGCGGUUCAU